AUGAAGUCAACACGGGUGUUGGGGGCCAUUUUGCUGAUUCUUGGCACGGCGGCAGCCCAAGCUCAAACGACAUCCACCGACGCUACGACAACGACAUCCCAGUCCUCACAAUCGUCUUCACAAACAUCGACGACGAGUAGCAGAAGUAGCACCCAGAGCGUGUCCCUGCCGCCCAUCACCACCACAACUGUAGCACCAGGAGCGACGGGACUUCCGACACUAUCGAGGACCACGGACGCCGUUCCGUCGUAUCCUCCUCCGGCCGUGCCACCAACCUCUCAAGCGCCCUUCAUGCAGCGCUCCAGUCUGCCUGAGGGUACCGUCUUCAUCGCUGUCGGUGCCAUCCUGGGCGCAUUCGGGCUGACGGUCCUCGUGUGGCGCGCCGUCAUAGCCUGCCUGCUGCACCGCGACGUCGAGCGAGCCGCCGCCGCCCAGCACAUGGCCAUCAACAACAAAGCCGCUAGCUUCCCUGCCCCGCCCGCGCCAUUUUACAAGUCGUACAACGACAGCGGCUCUAACCCGAACCUCUUGUCCACCAACACUGGUCUCACUGGCGCCGGCGCCGGUGCUGGCGCUCCCGGUCAGUUCUCCUCGGCAUCGCUGGGCAGGGGCGUUCGUCGUACGAACCGCGGACCCACGCCCUCUGCCACACCAUCUGCCUCUAACCUCUUCUUCUCCCCCACGGCGGCACCUGGCCAGGCCGGCCCCGGCGGCAGCAACCGGGAUAGCCGAUUCCUUCCAUCAGGCUUUUACGCCGCGGGUGCGAGCCAGUCGUCGCCCGGCGGGCCGCGCCACGAGCACAACAUCUCGCUUUCCAACCUGCGACCCGACAGCCGUGGGCACGCACGCGCCGUCACGCCGCCUGACGACUCGCCUCAUUUCGGACCCUCAGGAAGCCCUUCGCACAUGCCGCAGCCGCCCCUCCACCAGCAGAGGAACGUCAGCACUAGUACCAUCAAUCUCAACAACCAGGCUCAGGGGCGUACGCCAAGUGCUUACCUCGAGGACAUGCUUGAUGAUCCAAACUCGCAGCUGCACUACCUCCCUGGUGGCGCCAGGGCCCAGGGGCAGAACCAGCCACCUAAUGGUGGGAGGUUUUGA